AUGACGGACCCUCCUAUGCCUCCUCUACAUGGCCAAACUGGACCGCAAGGUGAGGAAACCCUUCCUAGUAUAGUUAGGGAGACUGUAGACCUAUCGCAGUUCAUCACAGGUGGUGCUGCACAUGCUUCGCUACCCAUAGAAGAAGGAAGCAAUUCUGACGAAGAGAUCCCGCAGGAGACACGAACACAGCAAACUCAAGAUACGGUCAUUACAACAGCCUCUGUCACUGCAAAGAAGAAGAAGAGGCAAACCUUCAAAUACGCAAACCGCGUAUUCAAAUGUAACAGUGAGUUGUUCUUGGACCCAAACUAUAAGAACUCAUACCUGCAAAGGUACCCACAGAACGAUCUGGAGCUCGUGGGAAAGGUCACUCAAUGCCCCAGCAUCAAGAACGGGAGGAAGUAUGGCUUCAAAUGGAUCAUAUCAGGUACUCUGAUGGAUGUGCGAUGGACACAGUCUUUCGUUGAGUUCACCCCUGCAUUCCGUCUGAAGCUGAAAGGUCUUAUCCUGGCAUAUGAGAAAGAACAGGAAGAAUUAUCAGCGGAUCUUGAAGGAACUCCAGCAGACCAGAGUCCAGGGGAGAGUCAAGCCACUGCGAAUGUGCCUACGGGAAGAUCCUCGAGAACACCAACCAAUGAAACCCCAGCCAAUGAAACAACUCAAGGAAGUAGUGGCCCAACAGAUGAAGAAAGGGCGCAAGCUUACGCAAGUCUGAAAACAGCAUGUUCAACAGGCGACGGGACUACCACAAUAAGAGGAAGAAAGAGAGGAAGCAGACGCAUCACCAGAGGAGACGAUGUUGAUGGGUAUGAAUCAGAAUCAGAAGAUGGAGAGGAUCUUGAUCAGCAUGAUGAUUCUUUCUAUUUCGCAAUGAGAGAGGAAGGUUAUGAUACCGAUGCAGAUGACAUCUACGAAAUUCAAGCCACCGAUGGAACAACAAUCGCCAAAGAGAAUACGUAUGGAAAGCUAGCACAAAAACUGCAAUGGAAGUUCCAGCCUGUUGAACCAGGGGAUGUUCCAUUCACGGAGAAGAAGAACAUGAGAGAGGGCAAAGAUGCCAAGACACAGUUGAAGUCUGGUGUGGGUGACCGAUGGAAAGACCCAUUCGAGUGCUUCCAGCGUCUUGGAUGCAAUCGCGAAUUUGUCACUGCUCUAACCAGAGAGUCCAAUGACUAUGCCAAAAAUCAACUACUAGAUAAAGACCGGAAGAAGAAGCUAUGUGGUGGCAAGUGGAAGGACAUCACUGUAAAGGAAACCUACGUGUUCCUUGGCAUUCUAUUGAAGAUAUCCCUUUCUCCCGUCGAUGGUGGUGGAUACCCCGCGUAUUUCCAAAAAGAAUGCAAGUCGAUAAACUACUGCAACCACAAUGAAGCUAAACCAAUCAAAAACAGCCAAGGGUGGGCUCAGGAUUACAUGUCACUGACGCGUUUCAAGCAAAUAAGAGCAGCUUUCCACCCAGAGGACAAAGAUAUGGCAGCUGGAUCAAGCGACAAAUGCUAUCAGCUUCGGAGGGCAAUCAAUGCAGCAAAUGCAGCUUCGAAAGCUACUUUCGAAGCUGGUUCCCAUUGUGCCUUUGACGAAGGUGGAGUGGCAUGUAGAUCACGAUUUUGUCCUGUUCGCCAAUACAACAAGGACAAACCAAACAAGUUUCGAGUUGACUUCUUUAUCCUUGCUUGUUCCACCACUUACGCAAUUCUGCAUCUGGACGUUUAUCAAGGAAGAAACUCAAAGAACAUUGGUAUUGAUGAAAGUAUCCAUGACCUGGCAACAACACAAAAGGCUGUAAUGAAUGCGGUAAUGUCAACAUUUGGCGAUGGACAAGGCGCUCGACACAUUGCGAUGGACAACCGAUACAUGUGCCCUGAACUGGCUGUUCUUUUACUCACCAAGUGUGGUUGCUACAGUACGGGAACAUGUCGUCGCAGACGGAAGGGAUUUCCCUCGGAUCUUCUGGAUUUGGACAAGAAAGAUGCUCGCGGGGAAUACAAGAUAGUGGCUGACAAGGUCAAUCGCUUACUUAUGAUGCAAUGGGUAGACAGUAAAGUGGUGACGAUGGUAUCCAGCAUGAAUGACACUACUGUGGGUACAGUAAAGAGGCAGGUUGGACCAUUAGCACGGCAGCUGGACUGUCCCAGAGCCAUGAUCCGGUAUCAGAAAACAAUGUUUGGAGUGGACAAAGGCGAUGAGAUAAGAGCUCACUUUGGAGGCUUCUCUACCAAAGCACAUUUCAAGAAAUGGUAUAAGCGAGUCUUCUUGGCAAUCUUGGACAUCAUGAUGAUGAACGCCCGAAUCGCUUGGAAUCUGUCUGCCCAGGAAAAAGCUUCGAGAAACAGGAACGAGCUGAAGAGGCAUGAUUUCAUGCUGUUCAUUGCUGAAUGCCUGCUCGAGUACAACGAGCCAGAAGAGGAUACGUCCCCGGCAGGAAACAGCGCAAUUGAUCCCAUGAAAGACCACAUACCCCUCAAACCUAAGAAAGCCGCAACAAGAAAUCGAUGCAUUGUUUGCCGACUUGAAAAUGGGAAGUGGUUUGAUCCUAAGCUUGGAGAAAGUGGAACAAGGUCUGGCGUUUGCGUCUGCUCAGUUUGUGGUGUCUAUGCGCAUAACCAUGUUGUGGAAGAUUCGAAUCGGCAUAUCCACAAGCUGCAGCAAUUUGAGAACAUGACGUGCUUCCAGAUUGCCCAUCAUCCGGAUGGUCUCGAGUUAUGGCCAAUGCGAGAUAUCAACCAUCCCAAGGGAGCACGUGGAAACAACCGAAGCGGCCCUGUUUGGAAGUCUCUUCGGAAGCUCCAUGGCAAGGACGAAAGGGAGACUCGAAAGCGCAAGCGUCAAAAUGAUGGAGAGGAGGAAGAAGAAACCACCGAGGACGAAAAUGGCAAAGCAGAGGAGACCGGUGGUACCCUUUAUGACAGCAGCGAUAAUGAACUGUACGGUUAG